AUGAAUGUGUCUUUUUUCUGUGGUGCAGCGGUUGCUGGAGGGUCCACCGAGCUGGCAUUGGAGUCUAUAUCCCUGGGAGACAUGGUUAUUGCCGAUGAGAUUAAAAAUCUAACAUUCAAGGCUACGUUGGCAGAACUCAGCCCCCUACACAAUCCAGCCAAACCAGCAGGGCACCCAGAAGGCACCCAACCAAAAGCAGAAGAGGACACAAAAGGGGCGAUACGGGAAUAUGUGUGCCACUUAGCGGGACGUCUAGUAGGAGCUCUAAAAGAGCAGAUAUCGAAUUCAGAGAUCAAGAUUACAAAGGAAGACGAACUUUGUGUUAAAAUCGCAGCUUUAUGCCAUGAUCUUGGACAUGGACCAUUUUCUCAUGUAUUUGAUGAAAAAAUAAUUCCCAAAAUUUUGGAAAAUGAAAAAGUCAAAACCGAUAAAAUAUGGAAGCACGAACAAGGCUCAAUUGAUAUGUUUGAUCACAUGUUGGAAGAAAAUAAGGACCUGGAGGAGGAAUUCAAUAAACAAUUAUCAGAAAAAGAUAAAACAUUUAUUAAGGAGAUGAUUGCUGGACCACAAGAUAAGAAUAACAUGGGUGUGACAGAUAAAACGUGGCCGUAUGAAGGCAGAACAAAACAAAAGGCAUUUCUUUACGAGAUUGUUUCAAACAAACGUAAUGGUGUUGAUGUUGACAAGUGGGACUAUUUUGCACGUGACUGUCAUAGUUUGGGUAUUGGUAACAAUUUCAACCUUAAUCGAUGCAUUGCGUUCUCAAGAGUUAUAGAAGUUAAUGGUGAACAACAAAUAUGUUAUAGAGACAAAGAGGUACAUAAUCUGUACGACAUGUUCCAUACCAGACUUCUACUACACCAGAGGGCAUACCAGCAUAAAACAAGCAACAUAAUUGAGCUUACCGAAGCUUUAGUGCUGGCAAACAAGUCUUUAAAGUUUCAGGGCAAACACGGAUCAGUUUGUAUGUCUGAAACAAUAAAUGAUAUGAAGGCGUACACGCUUCUUUCCGAUGACGUCAUUCAUCGAAUCCUCGGAAGCAAUGACAAAAAGCUACAGGAAUCCAAAACAAUCCUCGAAAAUAUUCUGAAACGAGAUUUGUACAGCUUUGUAGGUGAGAAAAGGUUUCCUGGUGGUACAUUUGUCGAAAAGACACAGAUUCUGCCAACUUAUAAUGCUUAUAAAGAUGAGAAUGCUGAUAAUACAAAAGAUGCUGAAAAAGUGAUUAGGUUAGGGAAAGUGGAUGCUGUUAAGAACGACUUUCAGGAGACAUUGAAUGGCAAGCCAGAGUUUCACGAGAUUAUUAAAAGUCUAGAUGAAUUUGUUGUUUUUGAUGUUGUGGACUUUAGUUAUGGUAAAAAGGACAAAGAUCCAAUAGCUUAUGUCAACUUUUACUCCAAGAAUGAACCGGACAGUGCAAAACCUAUAGACAAAGACGACGUUUCCCUACUACUACCGACACAGUUUGAUGAGCAGGUCGUUCGUGUAUACUGCAAGAAAGAAAACCAGAAAUAUAAAGUUGAAAUGAUGUUCCAUGAAUGGGCCAGGGAAACUAAGAAAAGUGCAAAGAAAGGAAAACAUGAUAGCGCUUAGAUGUUUAUUAAAUUAUAGCGCUAUUGCAUGUUAAACCAAACAAUGCUACUUUUUGUGUUUUUGUUUUAUCCGGAAACAACAAUAUUCAACAUGCACAUCGCUUAUUACCACGAAAUUCACACAAUCCUUUGCUUUGCAAUUCUGAUUAUCAAUGCCUACAUUAAUAUACACAAGGCAAUUAACCCUUAGCCUUCUCACGGCAGUAAAUUCUACAAAUCUAACCAGUGCAGACAUUGAUAAGCCGGCAUAUCUGUAUCAUCUGAUCAUGGUCUGCACGUUUCACUAUUCAGUCCGUACAUAUUUUGUAGAUUUCCUUAAAAUGAUGAAUGGUUUGGCUUUAAUUGACUUCAUUUAAUAGGCUUUUUAGCAUAGCUAGGGUUAAAUCGGUAUAAGCGAUGAACUCAUUCAUAAUAUCGUAAAAUACAUUUUUAUACGAUUUUGUUAUGAUUUCGUAUUCAGUUGAUGUUAUUUUAUUAUAUACUUUGUAAUAUUUUUUAAACAGCAAGCAAAUAAAAAUCAACAAGUAUU